UCUAUAGUGACGAACAUUUGUCUUUUUUUUACGAUGACCAUCUGAGCAACGCUUGGGUCAAACGUGGCAGAAAAAAGCAAUGUUUACAUAAAUAAAUAAAUAAAAACAUUUAUCAGACGUAUUUAGUAAGAUUGUUUUUUCUUAUCGUCACAAAAACGUUAACAAGCUCUAGAUUACAGGAGAAGAAGAAUAAUAUACUGCAACAAGGAGCCUAAUGAAAUCUAAGAUAGAAAACUCAGAAAUCCAAGAUGCCGGGGGAGGAGGCGCCCAUUGUGUGCUAUCCAAAGGACGUCCGAGGGAUUCCGAGAGUCCAUCCUCUCCUGAAGGAUCUCCUGCAGAUAAACCGUCUCUCAGAAAUCAGAUCGUAGCCUCUCUGGCUGUGGGGCUCGGUCACAUGGGCAUCGGCUGCGUGUUGGGCAUGUCAGCGAUACCUUACCUGAGGCCAGAAGGUGUCAGGCAGCAGCACAGACUUCCAGAGCAGUCUACCGGAAGCCUCCAGUUGAUGCUGUUUGAUGGCACCCUUUUCAACACUGCAGUGUUCCUGGCCGCUUCCUUGGGCUGUAUGGCAACAGGCGGUCUCCAAGUGACCUUUGGGCAGAAGAAGAUCAUGCUCCUGGCUCUGGUAGGCCUGUUCCUCGGCUGGGUCGUCUUGGCAACUUCAGAUAGUCUCCUGCCAUCCUUAACCAGCCGUACUAUCCAGGGACUAGCUUGGGGCGCCUUCGUCGGGUCUUCCUUCACUUAUAUCCUAGAGGUGUCCCAUGGUGGAGUGAGAGGUUCUGUGGUGGUUGUUUCAGAUGUCCUUACAGAAGUGGGCCACUGCGUUGUGUAUGGCCUGGCAAACUUGAAUUUUGAAAGGCAUCAGCUCAUUCUAAUGCUUGGAUCUUUUACUACAUUAGUCCCAAUGGCCUGGUUGAUAUGGUUACCACAAUCGCCGCAAUGGUUGGUUUACAAGAACCUCACUGACGAAGCCUAUAUAGCUUUGGAAUAUUUCAGAGGGGCGCAUCACGAUUCUCAGGUGGAACUAUGUAACAUCAAAAGGCAGAGAAAAGUGACUGUGAUGUCUGCUAACGACCAAUUGCAAGAAAUGCAACUCCCAGCCAUAAUAAUGACUGUCCUUCUUUCAACAUUGUUGCUGAUCACUGUUCAUUUCACUUACACUCUGAGCUCUGGCGUUUCCGUACUGACAGUCACCGAGCAGGAUAACGUAACUUACUCGACAGUCGUGAUUUUAGGUCUCAUUCGGCUGUCAGGUUCGAUAGCCUGCGCUGUCGCCGUAGAUUUUGUAGGCAGGAAGCCUCUGUAUGUGAUAUCCUUCCUCUUGUGCUCUGCUACAUCUCUGGUUCUGGGAUCACUGCUCUACGUUGAACUAGACCAGUCCAGAGACGACCUAGAUUGUCUGUUCGUCAGCAUCAGGUCAAUCUUCGUAUUCCUCAGUGGCACGACCUUCCCUCUGCUCAAGCUCUGGUUGGGUGAACUCUUCCCAACGUCAGUCCGUUCAACUGCCCUUGGCUUCCUCCUCUCCCUUUUUUACGUAGCAGCUGUUUUGGCUUCUGAGACUCGCCAGAACAUCGUCCUUUUUAUAGGUCGCCCUGGGACCUUAUGGCUUAUUUCUUUCAUGAAUCUGUCUAUGGCAGCUAUAGGCUGGUUUGGGCUGCCUGAAACUAAGGGAAAAAGUCUUGAAAGAAUAACAGAACAGUUCUAUGGCCUCCGCGCCACUCUGGAUGUGGUCAGUUGUGAAAAUUUUAUCUCUGACAAAGCUGAGGUGGAGGAAAGGGAAGAAGAAGAAGAAGAAGAGGUUAUUGUUAUUUCCUGGUGAUAUUUUUAGAAGACAAUAUUCUGCCAAAAAAUUCUUUUUCAUCACAAACAAUCUGAAAUACUGAUAAGUAUCUAAAUUUUCUUUUUUCUACUCGCUCAGUUGACCUGUGGAUACUGCAAAGUGAAGUCUGUUCAUUCUAAAGGCAUAGACAAACAGUGACUAUCCAAAUUCAAGGUUAGUUAAUGAAGUGAAGUUUCGUAUCAAACAUGGCUAGUGAGGAAUGCCACCUGCUGUAGUUGAAUUGCAUGAAGAACUAACUUGCCUCCUCAAAUCAAGAAUUCUCCACACGUUUCUGUGUUACCAUAUAAAACACACAUCUUUUGGACUAUCAGGUUCUGAAGUAUGUUAUAUAGAUGCAAAAUAAAUG